AUCCCCACUUUCCUUUUCCAGCUUUUGGGGGAGAGAGAGGUCUUGCUGGCAAUUUUACUCUCUUUGCUUUGCUUUUGUCCGCAAGAUCUCCUCUCCUUCUUCUCUCUUUCCUUUGUAAUAAUUAAUAAAACUUCCGCGUUAAUCCCAAAUCCCAAUUCCCUCUACUUGAUCUACUAACACCCUUUUCAUUUCCUUCAAUAAAAACCUCACCUUUCCCCCUUAAAUUCCACUUAUUUGCUCAUUUUCUUGAAGAAUUUCAAGAACUGAGCUUUGUACUCAAUUACCCAGUAAUAGAAACAAAAUGGGUUUUCAUUUAAACCCAAAAUAUAUAUGGAUCCUCUUACUUCUCAUUACUACCCCUCUGAUUUUUGCUCAGGAUGCUGUGGAUGAAACUGAAAUUGUUGAGUCAGGUGGACGGUUCAAAGAUCUGGGUAGGCGUAGUAAAAUUAUUGUUGAGAAACUGAAGUCUGGUGUUGUGAGGGAUGAUGAUCCAGAUUCCGUUGAUCUUGGUCUGGACUUGGACUCUAAUCUUGGCACUCUUGAUGCCUUUUUUGCUAGUUUGUCGAUGAUCCUUGUCAGUGAGAUUGGUGAUGAGACAUUUAUAAUAGCAGCUCUGAUGGCAAUGCGUCACCCCAAAUCAAUCGUUUUAUCUGGUGCACUCAGCGCUUUGUUUGUUAUGACUAUACUUUCUACUGGACUUGGUAGGAUAGUGCCAAAUUUGAUAUCAAGGAAGCAUACAAAUAGUGCAGCUACAGUUCUUUAUCUCUUUUUUGGGCUUCGGCUUCUCUAUAUUGCAUGGAGAUCAUCAGAUUCAAAGGCUUCGCAGAAAAAGGAAAUAGAGGAAGUGGAAGAAAAACUUGAAGCUGGACAGAGCAAAGCAGCAGUCAGGCGAUUCUUUUCUAGAUUGUUCACACCCAUAUUUUUGGAGUCUUUUAUCUUGACCUUUCUCGCAGAGUGGGGAGACCGCAGCCAGAUAGCAACAAUUGCUUUAGCUACACAUAAAAAUGCAAUUGGUGUUGCUGUUGGGGCAACAAUAGGACACACUAUAUGUACUUCAGUGGCAGUGGUAGGUGGAAGCAUGCUCGCAUCGAAGAUCUCACAACGAACAGUAGCUACAGUCGGAGGGCUUCUAUUCCUCGGGUUUUCCUUGUCAUCGUAUUUCUAUCCACCUCUAUGAUUUUGGCUUCAUUAAUCGACCUUAAUUCUUCUGGAAUGGCAUUGUUGAAUCCAAUUUUUCGGUUAUUUCAAUAGGCUUAAGAAGGAAAUGAAUUAUUUGUACUACAGGAGUUUUACCUUAUUUUUUUGUGUGUAAAUGCAAGGGUAUGGAACAUGUUUUACAUAAAUCAGAAACAUUGUUGAAAAAUGGGCAGUUGUCUAUGUUUACAUUGUUUUAGAAAGAAGUAUGAAAAAUUGAGAUGACUUCCUACA